CUGUCGCGGGCGGUUAGAUCCGGCCGCAGCGUUUGCUUCACCAGCUCGCCCACUAUGACGAUCACCUACAGCUGCAUUGCAAAUGGCCGAGCGGUCCUGGCGGAGCUGGCCCUAACCGGCGGUUCUUAUCAGGAAGCAGCGGCAACAGUGCUUAAACUAGUGCUUCUUAGAGCUGAACCAAAGACCAUAAUUCAAAUGGGAAACUUUGUCUACCAUACUGUCUUUAUUGAUGGAAUCACUUACCUGUGUGCCUCAGACAAUGUCUUAGAUACUGUAACACCAUCUGCAUUUCUUAAAAAUGUUAGUGAGACUCUUCUGAGAAAUCCUUUGAUGUCACAAGAACAUUUUUCUCCUUCAAAUGCAGUUGCUGCAGAUUUUCAACAAGUAUUAGGAAAAUAUAUGAUGAAAUACAAUAAAAGUCAAGAGGACAGCUCAAUAUCCACACUGAAGAGUCAAGUAACUGAUGUAAAAAAUAUUAUGGCUCAAACUAUUGAUAAAAUUUUGGAAAGCGAAGAAAGAUUGAAUAUCUUCACUGACAGAACAGAUGAUCUGCAAACAACUGCCAAAGAAUCCCAAAAAACAAGAAAGGUUCUUAGGAGGAUAUGGUGGAAACACUUCAAAAAGAUUAUAGUCAUCACCAUGACAAUGCUCCUUUCAAUCAUCAUCAUUCUUUUAAGUACAAAUGUUAUACCAACUUGACCCUUCUCCUCAUCCCCAGCAGGUACCAAUAAAUUGUUACAUGUAACUAUAGAGUUCUACAACCAACAAUUACAAAAGCAUUCUCUAGUGGCUGGAGGAAUGGAGGAAGAGGGAGUUGGAAGUAUUUCCUUGUCCCUUUAGUGUCCCUUGACUCUCGUCUUUGUACCUCUUUCAUUUCUGUAAUCCCAUUUGUUUUUUUACCACUGCUCCUCUACUCUUCUCUUUGUUAAUAUUACAAGCACAAACCCUGGAAUCAGAGUGCCAAGCUUCAACUCUCCACUCUGCCACAUACCAUAUAGGUGACUUUGGACAAGUUGGUUAACUUUGCCUGUUUCCUCAUCUUUAAAAUGGAGCUGAUAAUAAUAUCGCAUAGAGUUGUUGUCUACCACAUAGUAAAUGCUAUUUAAGUAUUAAUUAUUCCUUAAUGGGAAGGAUGAUUGCAUUUAUGGUAUUGAUUAAAUCCCCAUCAUCUUACUCCUUACUCAGAAAUGACCUUGACCUUACAAUUCCCUUAGAAAUGAGAAUCCUUACAUGAGAACAGUGCAGCUAUUCAUUCACCUCUUUUACAUAUCCUUUCAUUUGAAAUGAAAACUCAAACCAUUGUAUUUUAU